AUGGCUUUUGCUUGUACUCGUCCAAAAACGAAAGAUGAUCUUUAUCGAAAUAUUGAUUUAGAAAAAGGAAUAAAUCAAUCAUCAGCAGAAAAUAUCGAUUUAUCUAAUAUGAAUUUAACAAAUCAAGACGUUCCAAUUAUUAUAAAAAAAGCAAUUAGAAAGAAAAAACCUACAUCUCUAUCAUUAUCAACAAACAAAAUAACAGCUGAUGGUGUUCGAAUGAUGGUCGAUUCUCUUAAAACAAAUAAAAAUCUUACGCAUCUUUUUCUAUCAUCAAAUCCGAUUGGAGAUGAAGGAAUAAAAUAUAUUAUAGAAUUAAUUGAAAAUAAUCGAAGUCUCUAUCAUUUAUCUUUAAAUGAUACUGAAAUAACAGAUAAUGGAAUUAAAAUUAUUUCUGAUGUACUUCGAUUGAAUUCAACAACUAUUCGAUGUCUCGAUCUUCGAUCAAAUCAAUCAAUCACAGAUUCAUCCAUAGAUUGUCUUCUUCAAAUGGUUGAACAAAAUCAAACAUUAUCUGCUUGUCGUUUAGAUAAUUGUGGAUUGUCUCAACAAGGAAAAGAAAAACUUCGAGAAGCAAAAUCAAUCAAAUGGUAA